AUGCUAAAGUGUGAGAGGGAGGAGGCCGAGGCUCUGACAAAGAGCGUCAGGUGGAGCUCUCAGAGUCGCAGAGCCGCAGAGCAGAAUGGCGAGCAAACAACAAAGAUAUAUAAAGCGGGUGCUGUUCCGCUCCGAUGGCAAGGCCCUCAAGCAUACCGUUUUCCUACAACCACCUUUACAAGACUUGAAAUCCCCGAAUACCUCGAACCGAAAAGCUCUUCCUACGGCUUCACCAUGCGCCUCACCGUCAUCGCGGUCAUUGCCAGCGCGCUUACUCUCGUCACUGCAUCCGUCACCCCCGAUCGACUGGACGCUAGAUCCUGCAAAACGGGUUGUAGAUGUGCACCCGGUACAAAACCGGGACAAUACUGCGGCUGUGAGACUCAGGUUGUGAAAUAUGGCCCCGGUGGAGACGGACGGGAUUUCUAUGAAUGUGACGGAACCAAGUGCUGCCGAUAUGGCCCGCGGGAUAUAUGCAUGACCUGUCAUCGUUGA